UUUGGGUAGGCUUGCCCUUUCCUUUUGCAAGGAGGGCGGAGGCUGGGGAGGGCUUGUUUCGCUUUCGUUUCUCUGCUACUUUCCGUUGCUGGGACCAACCUCCUCGCAGAUUUGACAGCAUGUCCGCCUGCUGUAGUGUCUGCGUCCGGGGGUAUCCUGCCAGUUUGCCACCGGAACGGAUUGUUGACAAGCUGAUGAUCCAUUUUCUGAGAACACGCAAUGGUGGAGGAGAGAUCGUCAACAUUGAAUUUACACCAGAGUUCCCUGACUGUGCUGUGAUCACCUUUGAGGACGCAACAGUGGCCCAGCGGGUUCUGAAGACAAAAGAGCAUAUCUUGUCUGUCGAUGGGAAAAAGUACCCUUUGGAAGUGACUCCAAAGCCAGCUGAACUCAAUCCCAAUGAGGUCUUCGUGUGCGUCAACAUGAAGAUUGAUUAUCGAAGUUUCCCCAAUGGGAAAGAGAUUAUCUGCCGUCUCCAGAAGCAAUACGAAGAUGUACGCAUCAAGUUUGACUCCCAGGAGAUGACAUGCUGUGCCAAAGGGUCCUACACAAUAUUGCAGGCCUUCAGUUCUGAACUGCUGAGAUGCCUCAAGAACAAGCAAAGCAGAAGUCUCUCUGCAAGUCAAAAGAGAUCUUCAGCCAAACCUUCAGGAAAUGGAGUCUCACACCAGGAGACACAACGAGAGAAGAAAGAGAUUGAUGGCAACCUGUUACCUGCCCGAAACUUUGGAGAGAGCCAUUUUGAGCCAAUGGAGGAUUUCUCUUUGGUGAUCGACUCUGAUGUUUACUGUUAUAUGCAGGCAUUCUGCAGUGAAGAAAUCAACCAUGUCUUGAGCCAGCACAAGGUGGAUGUAGUAGAUGUCAGCAGUGAUGGAGUCACCACCUUGUAUUUCCAAGCUUCAUCCAGUGAGACUGGAAGCAUGACUACGCUUGUGUCUGCUCACCUGGCCAUCUCUAGACUUUCCCAGAAGUUAGAAGGCACUUUGCGCAAAGAGAAGAUCAGUAGGAAAGAAUUAGGGGUGGAAGGGGACACAGAACUUCUGAGGGAGCUGCGUAAGCUCUGCCCACAACUAUUGUGCCAUGAAGAUCACGAGUAUCUCUGUCUUGUUGGGAAUUUGGUAGACAUUUCUCAAGCAAAACUACUUGUUCAAGAGUUCAUUGCGGCAAGGAAAGUCGUGCAGGAUCAUCAGAAGCCUGGUAUGCCUCAAACUUCACACUUGCAUGUUGUGCCAACCCAGCUGGAGUUUCCUACAGGGUCUGUGCCAAGGAAACCGAGCUCACCAACAUUCAGUGACAAAGCUAAGCACAAACUGGCUGCCAAAUUCAGCUCUAGUGUCUCUCUUUCAUCUAAUUCAUCUCAAGAUAACCCAUUGGUAGAGCAACUUCCUGGAGACUUCCUUCAGAUAGCUGAUUACCAGAUCCGAAACAGUGAACUGCAGUUUUUAUCUACUACUGAUAAUAAAUCGGAGGACCAGAUGAGGCAAUCCAUGCAGGUUGAGAAUGCACCACAAGGACUGAAGGGAGAUCUACUGCAUCCCAUGUCUUUUUCAGGUACUGAGGGCAUGACAAGAUUUGGCCUUGAGAGGCCUUCAUCCCCCCACAUUGGUUCCAAUACUUUCAGAUCCUUAAACCUUUUUGAUACCACAAGGUAUGGAGACCACAAAGUUUCAAAACAAAGGCCUUUUCUCAGAAGGUCCAACAGUUUACAAAACCCACUGGACAGUAGCACAUUCAUGGAUGAGUCACAAAUAGUAGCCAACAUGGACCACUUGAAGCAAGAGAUUCAAGAACAUCACCAAAUUCUGCAGAAAAGCAAGGAAGGGGCAUCUCAGAUGGAGAAAGAGCGGGAGAGGGAUUUUCAGGAUAUAUAUACCGGAGUUUCUGCUUCACUUACAGGCCAAAAGGAUGAUGGAGAGCCUUUAGACAUUAAAAAAACACAAAAUUUUGACUACAUAAUGGACAGCUUCAGUUACUCUGAGCUAUCUGUAGAAGGACCUGAAGAUGAGGCUCUGACUGGCCUAUGUAAUUACCUGAAAGGCUGCCAUGAUAAUGUUCUUGUCAAACGAGAAAGGUAUAUGUUAAGCCUUGCCUACCCCCGUGAAAUGAAGUUGCAGAUCAAGGAGGCAUUCCGCUCUUUCUCCGAGAAGAGGAUGGCUUCCUUGUCUAAGAGUCUCUACUCUUCUGAGACACAGCAAGAGAAGAGGCAAGAUGAGAUCCAGAAGAGUCUCCAGCAGCUGAGGGAAGACAGUGGAGUCAACUUAUCAGAGGGUCUUCCUGGGGAGAAAUGGUCCUCCCAGACUGAGAGAUUGCUAGGUGUCGGGGGCGCCCAUCCAUUGAUGCACAAUUUCCCCAGUGACCAGAGCCUUGACAAAAACUCAGAUGCCAGCAAGCAAAGCCGCCUCAAAAAGUCAGUUGCAGAACUCAGGCUGGGAUUGCCAGACAAGUUCCACUUUGGGCAGAGCUGCAGCAGAGAGGGAGGCAGCCGGAUAGCCGAGAGGGGUCCUCAGUCUUUGCCUAUUCUUCCUCAAGUUGCUUUUGAGUCGACACCAUCUAAAACAGCAGGCAAACACACCUUGCCAGCUGAGGAAGGAGUUGCCUUAGACAUGAACCUAAGAGCUGCCCCGCCAGGAAGGGAAUCCACAGCUGGGGAGUGUGAGCUGUGUCCAAGUUCCCCCCACAUCCCCUGCCGCCACAUCCUUUCCAGGGCCCACCCUUCAACAGAGAACAUUUCUCCACCUCAUGGUCAUGUAACGUCAUGCCCUGUAACACCCACCAUCCCUGGAACUUUCACAGCUGCCACCUUGUCCCAGUUCCUCCCUGGCUAUUAUCGAGACCCAACACUGAAAGUGAUAUAUGACAUUCCUGACGGGGUACAGCAGGCAGGACAUCCUCGUCCAGGUUAUCCAUACCGAGGAGGCCGCUUUGAGGCUUUCCUCCCAGACAAUUCAGAGGGACGGCGAUUGAUGUUGCUCCUACGUGAGGCAUUUAAACAUAACCUGAUCUUCCAAAUCCAGACCUGUGGCACAGAAGAAAAGGUGGUGUGGGGAUCCCUUCCCCACAAGACCUCCAUGGAAGGGGGAAGGCUCAGGUAUGUGUUCCAAGAUCAGUGGAGAAAAGUCUCACUCCAUGAUGAGGAGACUGGUCACAACCUCAACAUAAAAUAG